AGACACAGGCAGAGCAGAGCAGUCAGCAGGCAGGCACCAGCACACAGCACCAUGGCUUCAUCUCAAGGGAAGAGCGACCUGCAGUUUGCUGAAUGGAUGGCAAACCUGCCAGAGAGCAUGCAUAGGGUGCCACUUACAAGUUUAGCCAUCCCAGGAUCACAUGACUCAUUCAGCUUCUACAUCGAUGAAGCAUCCCCAGUUGGACCAGAACAACCAGAAACUGUCCAAAACUUUGUCUCUGUCUUCGGUACAGUUGCCAAAAAGCUCAUGAGAAAAUGGUUGGCCACUCAGACCAUGAACUUCACAAGCCAGAUGGAAGCUGGAGUAAGGUAUUUUGAUCUUCGGAUUUCAACUAAACCCAGAGACCCUGACAACGAGUUGUAUUUUGCUCAUGGAUUAUUUAGUGCCAAAGUCAACGAAGGCCUUGAAGAAAUCAACGCCUUUCUGUCCAAUCACAAGAAGGAAGUGGUGUUUUUAGACUUUAACCAUUUUUACGGCAUGCAAAAAUCCCAUCACGAAAGUCUGGUGCAAAUGCUUAAGGACAUAUUUGGGAACAAGACUUGUCCGGCUAUCUUUGCCCAGGAAAUAAGUCUUCACUAUCUUUGGGAAAGGAAUUACCAGAUCUUAGUGUUCUACCACAGUCCAGUAGCUCUUGAGGUUCCUUUCCUUUGGCCUGGGCAGAUGAUGCCAGCACCUUGGGCCAACACAACAGACACAGAAAAAUUAAUUCAAUUUCUCCAGUCUUCAAUUACUGAACGCAGAAAGAAAGGCACCUUUUUUAUAUCCCAAGUGGUAUUAACGCCAAAAGCUAGUACUGUGGUCAAAGGGGUCACCAGCGGACUAAGGGAAACCAUCACAGAACGCGCUCUUCCCUCCAUGAUGCAGUGGGUGCGGACGCAGAAGCCGGGUGAAAGCGGGAUCAAUAUCAUAACGGCGGAUUUUGUAGAGUUAGGGGACUUUAUCAGCACCGUCAUCAAGCUUAAUUAUCUGCUGGACGAAGAAGACAACACUACUUGAUGACAGCGCAAGAAUCCUUCUCCAAAAACAUGAAAUGCUGCAGUGUAAUUUGUCUUAGCGAUGUUUUAUUGUACAACACAGAACUACUAAUUUCUCAAUCUCCAUAUGGCUUGGGUCCGUUAUCCAGAGGUUACAUGAAGGUCGUUUCAUUCCCAAUCUUAUAAAACGAGCACGGAAAAUAUUAGAGUAUAAGUCCAUCAUUGGUCUCCCGCCCAAUCUGCAGAGAUCGGUAGAAAAGGACGCAGCUCACGCUGGACGGUACAUGCCCAGUAAGUUCUGUGCACAUGCCUUUUUCUGAUAACCGGGACUUGUGCACGGAACUUGCUGGGUGUUGUAUCGGUUGCCUCGGCAACUGUACCACUGUGUCUCUUCGUGGCAAUCUUUGCCGGUUGGGCGAGAGACACUGACAGUUUAAAGGGGUACUCCACUGCCCCAGUGUUCCAAACAUUUUGUUGUGACGUCACGUCAUGCCCCCUCAAUGAGGGGGCAUGGCCGCGAUGUCACCACCCCGCUGCCCGCACCCAGCGUUCGGAACAAAAUGUUCCAAACACUGGGGCAGUGGGGUACACCUUUAAAGGGGUUGGACAGGAUUUCAAACACAUGACUGCCUUCUUCCAACCCCCCCCCAAAAAAACAGCGUUACACCUGUGUGCAGGAUUUGUGUAUAUUGCAGCUCAGCUCCAUUCACCUGAACGGAGCUGUAAUACCAGACCCAACCUAUAGACAGAGGUGCCGCUGUUUUUGAAAAGAAGCCAGAUGUGUUUUUCUUAUCCUCUAUAACCCCUUUUAGUGAGAGGAGGGGUUCACUUAUAUUUGUUAUUUCAUGAAAUUGUGUAGUAUAUGUAGCACACUGAGCUCUAUGGGGACUGCCGCGGCCAGUGCAUUGCCACAUUGCAGCCCAUAGAGAUGUCCCUCAGAGGUGGGCACAGUGUGGCAGAUGUGGCGCUGCCAUUCUGCAGUCUGGACAACCCUAAACUACAACAUGGUUGUAGGUAUAAGUUACAUUAUGUAUUGCAAGACUGGGCUGCUGAAUGAGGACAUUAUAGAGCAGUCAACCCUCCAGAAGGAUCUGGCAUCGGACUGAUACUGCGCAUGUCGUGUGUGUGUGUAUAUAAGAGGCUGCGUGUUACUUGUUUCUUCUGGUAUUGGAUGGAUUUUGUAUAGAAAUUCAUAUAUAUAUAUUUUUUUUUUGGCCCGAUGUGAGAAGUUUCAUUUUUAAUCGAUCUAAUGCUAGGUGUCUGGGCUCCUAUUUGAGUCAUAAAGAAGCUCAUGUAUGAUGUCACUGGCUUGUUACAUUUUUAACACUGUGUCUUGUAUGAAAUUAAGAUUUACCUUGAAAAUGGGUUGUCCGUGAUUAGAAAAAGAUGGCUGCUCUUUCACCCCAAAAAAAAACAGCGCCACAAGCGUCCGCAGUUUGCGUGUGGUACUGCCGGUUAGCCGCAUUAACUUCAGUGGAGCUGAGCAGCAAUACCAAGAACAAUGGAAACGUCUGGUCAUGUUUUUGGAAGAAAGAAAGAAUGUUUUGUUUUUUUCCUGGACAACUCUUGUAAGGAAGUAUUUUCCAUGUUACUUCUUAAGCCUCGAAAAAAUUGAGCAUUAGAUGGGUCCUAGUUUAAAACUAGCAAGUUGGGGUGGACAAUUGGGCAUUUGCACGGAGGCCUUCGGAUUCUUAAAGGGGUACACCACUGCCCCAGUGUUCGGAACAUUUUGUUCCGAACGCUGGGUGCGGGCUGCUGGGGUCGUGAUGUCAUGGCCACGCCCCUCGUGACGUCAUGGCAUGCCCCCUCCCAUAGACUUGCAUCGAGGGGGCGUGGCCGUGACGUCACGACCCCCGCAGCCUGCAACCAGCGUUCGGGACAAAAUGUCCCGAAUGCUGAGGCAGUGGAGUACCCCUUUAAGGGUCUCCUGAUGAUGGUAUUUCCAGAAGACCCCUACUCAUAUUAUGUACUAAUGCCGACAACCCUAAGCCACCCAGUACCAACUUAAGUUGUUUGUUAGGACUAUGUGAUGGGGCUUCUAAAACUCUGGAUCUAUUAUUUUGGGGUGGUAAAUGUAAAAUUGGUGGGUUCACAUUGAUACCACUAGGUUAAGUUUAAAUUUAUUAGACUAAAGCUGGCCAUACCCAAUAUAUUCAUGCCAGCCGCCCCUGUCGAUCUAUAUAGGGUUGUCCUGAUUCAGAUGUUGUUGAAGAGAAGAGUCGAGCGUGUUGGAUAGCAGCACUUCCAAACGAUUAUGUCCUUGGAGAGAUAAGCCGCUGCCAGUGAAAUCUUGCAGCGGCCUUCUCCACUCUUCCCAUUCAGAACAUAUGCACGCUUGGCCUAAGAGAGAUGAUGGCGUUUCAGAUAGCUGUUGGCCAAACAAGCAACUGCUAUUGGAAAUGUGUGGUCAAAGUUAGCUCUACUCCCCACGUAAGGGUUUCCUGAAUAGUAGUUUUACUAUACCUGUAAUAUACUUCUUUGAUUUCAGUCCGGACUGGGUCACGUGACCCAGCAUCUCCUCUUCUGGUAGCACUGUCAUUUAUUAAGACACCUGACCUUGUUAUUCUGGCUGCCUCGGCCCAUGGUUAAGUCAACAUAGCUGCCUUCACGUACAUGGGCCAGGUCUAGCAUUGUUUUUAACAGAACGCAUGUAUGCAUAACAGGCUGCGCAUACGCAGUCAGGAAACUCCUGUUGAGGCCCAUGUACGUGAUGUACGCGUGUACUCUUUGUAAUCAAAGAGAUGUCCUGGGCAGAAGAGGAAUAUGUAGUUCAAGCCUUAUGACACACCAUAAAUCUGGAAGUUAUAAAGGGCGGAGAGGGCAAAAAAAGGUAACAACAACAAAAAUAAAAAAAAAUGGACUCUCAGCCUUGACACUCUCUCUCGUGUACACAGCAGGAACUAGGCCCUGCCCCCACCUCCUUUUUUCUGUCUUAGUCUCAUCAUAUCCAGCUGGGGCAAGGAAAAAAUAGGAAAAAAAAAUACUUACCUAGCCCUGUUCCCCUGCAGCUCCUUUUCACCUCCAUCUGAUCCCCCAAUCUUCUGUCUUCUUCCUGCUCAGAGCAGAACCUGUCAGGUCAGCCAAUCUCUGGCUGCAGCUGUGUUCCAGCUCCGCUGGGGACCAGACGGAUGCACACAGGAGCUUCAGGGAAGCGGGGCUAGGUAAGUAUAGUUUUUUUUUUGUCCCCGGCCCAAGCAGGAUAUGAAGUUUUGCAAGAUGCUGGAUAACCUCUUCUGAAACACCCCUUUGUUGAUCUGUUGUGAAUAAAGAGACUGUUGGCAAAUAUGUAGCCAUCUCCUUAGUUUAGUAUUGAAGUGUUUUGAGUGUACCUGAAUUUUUUUAGACCAUUGUUCCCUAUUGUGUGGCUCCUCAGCUGUUGCACAGCUACAAUGCACAACCUUCAGCUGCCAGAGCCCAAUGGGAGUAGUUGUAGUUUCGGAGCACCAGGUUGGGAAAGAAUGAUGCAAACCAUGCUUGUUGACUUUCUAAUGUUUUGUGACAUCCAUCAGCAAUCGAUAUCAUGCCUUGAAUAUAAUUCAUGAACUUAGAGCUCAGUAUUUAAAAUGCAAAAAAUACAUCAACUUUUAUAUUUCAAGGCUGAAAGACAAGAACUAAAACGUUCGAAAUAGUUGUAAACGCUCAUGAUACACUUUAUUUAUUUUUGGAUAUAGGUAAAUUAAUCUAAUGCUUCAUAUAAUAGUUCAUGACCAGGCAUGUUGCUUCCGCCACCAUAACACAGCUUUAUUGGCAAUAGCAAAAACUGUCUGCUUGGAGCCACCACUAGGGGGAGCUCACUGUAAAUAAAUGUAUUCAUCGCCCAUUGAGUUAAGUAAAACCAAAAAAAAAAUAAUAAUCUGUUUGCAGGAAACACCCCCUAUUGGUAGCUGCAGUCAGAUCGAAUUUUACUGUUAACUUUUGCAGUGUCAAUGCAACCGAGGGAUAUGAAGGUCCGGACCCCUAUUAAAACAUAUUAUUAAAGGAGCUAUCCAGGAAUAGAAAAGCAAAGCUAAUUUCUUUCAAAAACGUGUCUGUCUCCAGGUUGGGUGUGGUUCUGCAGCUCAGUUCCAUUGAAGUGAAUGGAGCCAAAUUGUAAUACCACACCCAACCUGGGGACAGACAUGGAGCUGUUUUUGAAAGAAAUUAGCUCUGUUUUUCUGGAUAACCCCUAUAAAAUAGACCUAAAAAGUAAAUGAUGUUUAUGGUUGAAGACUACUUAUAUUUAGCACUGCAUUCAAUACACACUUUUGCACUGAUUCAUUGAACAUUUGGAGGCCACAGCCUCUCAGGACGCACUUUUAGUGCAUAUGCAGAACAUCUACAUUGGAGACGUAUGCAUUUAGCGGUCUAUGUACUAUAAGCAUAGCUACUGGGGGAGGGGGGGGCAGUGGCUAAGGUUGCACAUGCCCGGGUCCAGAUACUUAAAAAGGUGAUGUGAUUAAAGGGAUAUUCGGGGACACAGGACACGGCCGUUGGUAAGCAUGUCCAUUACUGUAUGACACCUAAUUACUAAAGUCACCUUAUGUUAGAUAACCUCUUUAAAGAGUACCUGUCAUGAUCUUGUUAAAUGUUAUAAUCCUCCCAGGUCACUGCCCCCAUCAUGAUAAACCACCCCCUGCCUUUAUUUUUAUAAUUUAUUUGUUUUCUACCUUGAUAUUGCUCUGUAUUUUCUUCUCAGUCUCAGAUUCACAGACUGGGAAAGGGCGUUCCCCAGCAGGCGUGACAUCAUCUGAAGCCAUAGAGGGGAGAACUUCCUCCCUCACUCUGCUACACACAGCCCAGAGCAGUGUGAGAUGAGCUGUGAUUGGCUAAGGCUGCACACACACCCCUCAGCAUUUCCUGAUUUUGGACUUCUGCCAGGCCAGCAGGAGUCCAAAGUCUGUGCAAGAGAUGGGGGGAAAUUUGCUCUGGACAAGUAGGGAGACACCUAGUGGCAGCUUUUUUAAACACAAAUGAAACAUAAAAAACUUCAUUAAUUUUUUUAUUUUUUUUUACACAAAGAACAUUAUAAAGAUUUUUUAUUUACCAUAAGGAGUGCAAUAGCAAAAAAUAGUUUUAAUGAGAGUGCCCAUUUAAGGGGUGUUAGAGAGUGUCUUCUACAGAGUUCGCACUAGGACCUGGAACUUGCACUGGAACUCCGGUGCAGAUGGUAUUUCACAAAAUAUGAAGACAUUGAUAAUCUACGGCAGUGGUCUCCAAACUUUGGACCUCCAGAUGCAGGGUGGUGUAGUUCUGCAACAUCUGUAGGUCCACAGUUUGGAGACCACUUAUCUACAGUAACCUGGACAACCCUUUUAAGCUCCACUUUUGACUGCACUCUAGUAAGAUUUACCAGAGGAGAUUACAUUGUUCUCACAGACAUCUUUAUUUUAAUAAAUUUACAUACGUAGAAUAUUAUGCACCAAGGUAAAAAAAAUUCUUGUGGGACCCAAACCGCUACGAAACCAUAUAGGUGCUUUAUAAAAUAUCUAUGCAUUGAGACCCUGGGAAAAGGACCGAAAAAAGUGUUUCUCCCAUUUCCUGAUACAUAGUCAUAUUAUAUUUCUACAACAUCAUUAAUAUUUUUACAGUAGCAUACAGUUCAAUAUUAGUUAUGUAUAUAUACACGUGCAGUCAGCUCCCCCUAGUGGUGGCAGAAUGCAGUCAGAAUUCUAUGAGCUGACAGUGAUAGUGUGAAGUAGAAAAUUUGGAGCUCGGCAAAUACUAUAGUCGUAGCUAUUUUGUCACAGGACCUUGUCAUUUCUGCGUACAUCCCUUCCCCUGUAAAAUAUAAAGCGGUAAUAGAGACUUGGUUAGAACAGAGGUGGUUUCGGUUUCAUUUUUGCUCUUUUACAUAGCCGCCUGGGUAUUAUACCCGUGCAGUACUAUUCUUGUCGUCAAACCCAACCAUCCCAUUAUAUAUCAGUGGGCUCCAUCAAGCACCCUCGGGAUCUGGUUCGGAGUUGUGGUUUCGAUUAGGCUCAUACGUAGAAGGUGUUCAUACACCUAGGGGGGAGAUUUAUCAAAACCUGUCCAGUGGAAAAGUUGCCCAUAGCAACCAAUCAGAUUGCUUCUUUCAUUUUUCAGAGACCUUUUCAAAACUGAAAGAAGCGAUCUGAUUGGUUACUAUUGGCAACUCAGCAACUUUUCCUCUGGACAGGUUUUGAGAAAUCUCCCCCCCCCCCCCCCCCCCCCAGUGUUUUCUUUUGUACAUACAACAGUACCAAGCAUCUUUAUAUACCAGGACAAGAGUGCGGCUGCUAUCCCCACCCCCCAUGCCCCCCCUCCCCCAUUGUGCCCUCUAUAGAAGUAUAAACAUACAGCACCCCUAAUGAAGAUAUUAUUGUAUAUAGCAUAUAUUAAACACAAAAAAGAUCAGUAGGUUCUUGGUCCUGACACCGCCGGUGAAUUUCUGCUCAUCUUUUGGUUCAUCCUUUUUCGCGUUGCCAGAGUAGAGUUUUGGAACAGAGGCUUUGAGGUCCCAAAGUGUAAAGGUGCCGCCAGAUCUACCAUAUGUGUCUCCUGCCAAAGUUUACAUCUGGCAGUAAAAGAGUCAGUGUCUGAAACUCUAUGACUGGAGUCUAGAGAUUUGGGCCUCCUGACUUUUAUCUAAGCUGUAUCUAAGCUGGUCAUCUGGUCUUUUGCAUCAUUGCACAUUUGCCUUUAGCAGUGGUCUCCAAACUGUGGCCCUCCAGAUUACAAAACUACAACUCUCAGCAUGCCCGGACAGUGCAUGCUGGGAAUUGUAGUUUUGAAAGACCUGGAGGGCCACAGUUUGGAGAACAUUGACCUAUAGCAUGGACCAUGCCUUACAUCCAUCGUACACGUGUGACAUACAUGGUGGCUCCAUAAUUGAAAAAUUUGCCCAUUGACAAAUAGUUAAUAUUCAGACAAGCGAUCAUCUCUACUUCCAGCUUAAUAGUCUUUAUUAUUUUUCUCGAGAAGUUUAAAAAAAUUUGUACUAUAUAAAAAAAAUUCUUGACUUUUUUUUUACUAUAGUUUCAAAUUCCCAAUUUUUUUGUUUUCUUAACAAUUUUUUACUUAAAAAAUGUAGUAUUCGACAAAAUGCCUUAUACUAAAAUAAAUAACUGGAUGCAGUCAGAAGAAAUUUUUCUGAAGUCUUCUUUUUUUUUAUUAUGUCUAUAUUAAAACUGCGCAAAACUUAACAUUUGAGUCCUAUCCUUGUGAAUGUAACUUGUAAAUCUGUGUUCUGCAUUUCGUUUGAACUUAAUUUCUGUAUAUUUUGUAAAAUAAUUUGACAAUUUAUUUUUUUAUCAUUUGGAAUUUUAUUUAAGAUCUUAACUUUUGUUUUCUUGUAAAAAAAAAAAGCAUUUUAUGCGAUUAUGAGUUAUAGACUCUUAAAGAGCACAACACCGUGAAAAGAAAAUUGAAUAUUUGUUCUUAAAAUGUAUAUAGAUAUUUCACUUCAUUUCUGUUUAGUUCUAUUGAAUAUAUUUAAAAUAUAAUAAGACAUUUCUCUGCACAACUGGGAAGAUUAGAGGGGAUGGCAAAUUGUCACCCAAAAACAGAUAUAACAAAGAAAUAACUAAUUAGAAUUUACAAGGAGUACUGAUAUUUAAUAAUUCCAUUCUGAGUAAUUUCUUAAUAUUUAUUUAUAAGGUCAGAGUGUUGUUUUUUCUGAAAUAUAGCUUCAAAUCCUCUGUCUAGACAUAUAGUUACAUGAUAAAAAUGUUGCUACCUUCAAUCACCUUUAGGGGGAGUUUAGAAGCUUACUGCAUACAGAGUUACCAUUCAGUUCUGUGUAUAAUUUGUCUACAGCUAGCUCCUAAGCUCCCCCUAGUGGUGACUGCAGGCAGGAAGAAUGUUGUCAUUUAACUAUAUGGCUAUGCAGCAGAUUCAAUCCUCUUUAUCAAGAAAAAUGGAGCUUCAUCUGCUAUAUAAGAUGUGCAAGGAGACCUAAAAAUAUAUGAUGAUAAAAAUAACAGACAUACUUUAACUUUAAGGGGAAGUGUUCUUUAAACUUUUUUUCUGUGCUUCAGAACAUUUUAUUAUUCUUUAAUUCGAAAGAAGAAAAUGUAAGAUAUUUCAUGAAGAACAUGUGGCCUAUAUUUUUUGUGAAUGUUUCUGAGUUGAUCUUUAAGAAACUAUUGUUACAGUAAAAGUGUUUUAACUGUUUUUCUAUUCUUUGCACUCAUUUUGAUCAUGUCAAGUCCCAUUAUAAAAUAUGUCAAAGAAAAAUUGUGUUUUUUUUUUCUCAACUUACUAUUUAGAUUUUUGUUUUAUUUAAAUUUUUUUUUUAAAUGGAUUUAAUUUAUUGUUGCCAUCUUGUUGUUUGGAUAUUGCUGACUAUCAUUCGGGAAAAACAAAGUCACCUUCAUGAUGCCAUCAGGAAAAAAAAGAUACUUUAUGCAGUACGAUGUUUUGGGUUUUGUAAGUUCUCUUGUGUCGUUUUGUACAUAUGACGAUAAUAUAUUUUUGUCCAAUGGAGAAAGCAAAUGUAAAAACAAAGAAAAGGUUAGUCUUGUUGAUCCUGCCUUAAAAUAUGGACUUAUUGUGGAUGCUCUGCGAGUACAGUUAGUGUGCAGAAACCUACACCCUUUAAGGAAACAUGAAAUGAAAGCUGUAAAAUUUAAACGAGACAAAAAUAUGUUUAAAAAAAAAAUUUUUUUUUUAACAUGUGGCUUUUCCUAAAAUUCCGAACAGCCUUACAAUGCAACUGUCAAUUGAAAUUGCGCUAGUAAACGGGCCACACAGUGUACAAGUGACAAGUGGGAUACCUGGAUAUUGCAGUCAUACUUUUGUCAUUUUCUAUAGUAGGUUUAUUUCUUGAAAAAUGUUUUAUAGAUGAAGAGGCCUGGUUUGGUGUCUGCUAUGCAUCGGGGCUGCAGCGCCUAUCUCUUUUAGGUCAAGGCAUCUAAUGUGUGUCUAUGAAAAACACAUACAAUAGUCCCAAUAUACAUUCGUCCCAACUUACAAUGGUCCCAACAUACAAUGGUCCCAACAUACACCGGUCUUAAAGGGGUACUCCGGCGCUAAGACAUCUUAUCCCCUAUCCAAAGGAUAGGGGAUAAGAUGCCUGAUCGCGGGGGCGGGGGGGGGGGCGCCGCUGGGGACUACCGUGAUCUUCCACACCGCACCCCGUUAGAAUCAGCCCCCGGAGCGUGCUCGCUCCGGGUCUGAUUACUGGCGAUCACGGGGACGGAGCAUAGUGAUGUCAUGGAUCCGCCCCCAUGUCACGUCACGCUCCACCCUCUAAAUGCAAGCCUAUGGAGGGGGCUUGACAGCUGGAUAGGGGAUAAGAUGUUUUAGCGCCGGAGUACCCCUUUAACAUACAAUGGUCUCAACAUGCAAUGGUCCAAACAUACAAUGGUCAUCCUGGAACCGAUUAAUAAUGUAACUUGAGGGAUCACUGUACACCGUGUGGCCCAUUCGCUAGCGCAAUUUCAAGUGACAGUUGCACUUUACGAUAGUGGGUUUGUACCUAAGAACUGACUGUAAUAAAUACUGUAGCGAUGUAGCACAAUGUACCUGGCUAAUAAGCACAAACAUACAGUGUUGUAGUGAGAAGCACAUUACGGUAUUGGUGCAGUCGGGAAAAGAGUUUCAUAUAGAGGAACAGGAAGGCUGUCUGGGCAUACUUAGAAAUGUAAUUUUGCAGUAGCUGGAGGCACACUGGUUGGGAACAAUGGUAUAGUGGGUUCGCCAACUAGAAGGGAAUCACUCGGUGGAGGAUCUGGUCAGGCCAGGCAUUACAUGAACAGCCAUUCUUUUUAAUGGCCACAUGUAAUACCACAUUUCCACUGUAGUGGCCGCUGCAGUAUAAAUGAGGGGCCGACAACAACCUCCUUCUGCAAAGUCAGCUGGGGAUCUCAGGUGCCAAACAGUUUGUCGUUCCAAAGACCAUAUAAAACAGAGAAGUUUAUACAUUUUAGGAUUCUAUUUUUAAUUAUUACCCGUGUUACAUCAGAUUAAAAAAAGUUCCAGAAUAAUUCACACUUUACUUUUUUUUUUCAUAUCUGGAUAACUGAAUGGACACACGAAGGUAUUUGCAAAGCAUCACAUUUUGAAAUCCGAAUUUUUUGUCCCUUGGCCUCUUAGUGGUGAAUUGCCUUGGCGUUCGAUUUCCUUUGUCUCGUGAGUAAUAUUUCGAUGGCCGUCCGUAUGAGUUCACGCUUGAAUGUGAGUGUCUGUCUCUGGUAAAACAAGGCUGUGCCUUUUCUUUAGGAGCAAGUAUGUGUGUGCUACAAAAUGUAAGUGUAAAACAAAAAUCAACAAAAAAACAACAACAACAUCAUCAUCAUUAUGGAAUAAUAUCUGUGAAUUUCUAUGAUGAGAAUGUGCAUUAAAUGUAACAAUUUGUAUUCAGUGAAAAGUCUCAAUAAACUUGGUACUUGUAGCUUC